AACUUGUAGGCUUUCAAAUCUGGAUUUCGAGUACUCAUUCCGUUGUCCUUGCAAGUUGGACACUCGUUGCGGUGUGGAACAACCUCGUGCUGACACUGUAACCACUCGCAAGCUCUUCUCUUCUCUAAUGCAACUUUGCAUGGCUUAAUAAGCGUCUCGCUUUCGUGUCGGCAGCCUGGCCAAACCAUUUUCUCGUAUCGACACAUGGCGGCAAGACUUGUUUGAUGAGCUACAAUUUCGGAACGAACAAGCUUCAAGGACGGAAAAGAUGUCGAUCAGGAUCAGCAGGAAAGAUAGGAUCAGCAAGAAAGAGUGGCUGCAUUGUUCGUCUUGAGCAUGCUCUCAGACUUCUAUUCCACUGCCAGAAGCCUGUGCAUCUCCCUCUCCCCAGACUGUGGCGCUCUGUACCACGUCUGUCAUGCUUUGUGUUACACGUCAAAAGCAGGUCCGUUGAAAUCGAGCCCUGUGUGCUGACAGCAGGCUUUGGGAUACAAGCGGCUUUGUUCCAGCUAUAUUAUGCCAUGCACCAUUUGGUAUCAAUUGAGGCUCGCUUGCAUGCCUCGGUUUGCAUCGACCCAGUUUCGGAAAUGUGACUCAGCAACCCUUUCAACAUCUCGGAGCUCAAAGUCUCAGGUACCCCUUCUCACAGGUCACAUGAAAGAUGACCAGUCGCUUUUUUGACCUGCUCGAUUGAUCC